UUGAUGAGCGUCACGUCACAUCCUUCAGCCCACGACGACAGCAGCGGCCGUGACUCCCUGGUGCAGCGUGAACAUGUCCGACCCGGACUUCGACAGGCUCGAGCUUUUCCGCAACAUCCUCAACGUCUGCAGUCUGGACCGCUACUGCAAUCACUCCUUCUUCAACGCAGGGAGUAUUUCCGACUGGCAGGAGAUGGCCGACGACGGGCCGCCGUGGUUACGGAUUCUGAUCUCGGUGGUGUACUUUGUUGUGGCUACUGCAGGAGUGUUGGGGAACCUGUUGGUGAUGGUCCUGCUGUACUCCACUCGCACCGUCACCACUGGCACCAUUAACUUUUUUGUGUUGAACCUCGCUUUGGCGCAGCUGCUCCUCUCCUUGGCUUUACCCUUCUGGGCGGUUGACGCCCUCCUGGACUACAGUUGGCCUUUUGGCCUGGCCAUGUGCAAAGCUGUGUCCUUGCUAACCGGCCUUAACGUCUACGCUAGCUGUUUUUUCCUCACGGCAAUGAGCUUGACCCGAUACUGCUUCGUAGCAACGGCCCUCAAGCCCAGCGCCACGCUCUGCAGCAAGUCUCGCACCUUCCCUGUGGCCACCGCCUUCAUCUGGGCGGCCGCUCUGGUAGCCGCGGCCCCUCGCGCCAUCUUUGCCGAUCUGAGCGUCAUAGGCAGCGCCAACGACACCACGUGCCUGCUCCGAUUCCCAGUCGGAACCGCCUGGCUGGGAGUAAAUCAGCUCCUGCGAGUGCUGAUGGGCUUCCUCCUGCCCCACUCCAUCAUCAUGGUCUCCUACUUGCUCCUGCUGCGCUUCCUGUGCCGGCACAAGCUGAAAGGCAGGAAUGCUCAGCGAAAAGUCGACAUCUCAAAGUCCGUCGCAGUCGUGGUGCUUUCGUUUUGCGCUUGCUGGUUCCCCUACAACCUCCUGAGCCUGUGGGGCGCUCUGAUCCAGCUCGACCUUUUGGACAUCAGCAGGUCCUUCUAUUUGGCUCAGACAUACUUCUUUCCGCUGGCUAACUGCCUGGCGUUCACCAGCAGCUGCUUCAACCCCGUCAUCUACUGCCUGAUUCGUAAAGAGUACCGCAUGGCUCUCCACAACAUCCUCCUCAAACUCACGUCCAAGCUUCCGUACGGCAUCCAGUCGGAGGAGCGGGCAGUUCAGGCCAACGAAAGGCCCAUUCCUCUCAACAACUUGUACAGCCAGAGCACACAGAGUGACACAAAGAGAUACGACCCUCAGCUCGCACUCCCCACAGUUAUCUCCUCUCUGUAAAUCUCUCACUGUCGCUUCCCUUCUCUCACCGUGUCUCAGUGACCUAUAACUCUCCUCGAUGCCUGUGAAAUGAGUCCAUGUCGAUACCCUGUAUACAAUCACAUGAUGCUCGUGACUCCUUUGAUUUGCUGAA